AUGUGGAGCGGGUCUGAAAAUUGCAAGGUAAUUUUAAAAUAAAGUAGUACAAAAGUAAUUGAUAAGAUUUAAUUAUACUGUUUUAGAUGAUACGGUUAAAUGUGCGAAACACGUUUGGCAUGUUGGUUGCCUUGUUCUUUGUGUAUUUAAUAUACUUGAUAUGGUUCAAGUACGACGAUCAGAUGCCUGAAUUUGAAGUUGAUCUUGUUGAUGUUAUUGGGUAUGUUUUAAAUUUGGUUUUUUAUGUUCAGGAAAUUACUUACGGAGUUUGAAUCAAUUUUUAAAGUUUUAUUUUUACUUUUAACGCGUAAAACGUGUUGUAGGUAUGCAGCUUUGGCCGUGGAGAUGGGUGGAAAUGCAGUGAAGAAAGUCUACGAGGAGAAUCAGCUGAAUAUCAGAGAAAAAGGCAACACGGACGUGGGGAAGGCAGAGUUGUUAACAAAAGCAGAUUUGGUAUCCAACCAUUUGAUAUCGGAUUUACUGAAGCGCUUUCCGCUGAUUAAGGUCGUAUCUGAAGAGAAAGAAGAUGAACUUUCCGAAAAAGAGGUGGAAAAGUAUAAGGACGACAACUAUAACUUGUGGUUGAACAUUCGAAAUGCCAUCAAGAGUAUGCCUCAAAGAAAGUACGACCUGAACAGAUUGGGAAUUUGGAUUGAUCCUUUAGAUGCUACUCAAGAAUUUACGGGUAAGUUGAAGGUUAUGGUGUGUUGUGGUAUACUAUAAGAGUAACAACUUCUUGUUGUUGCGGAUAUUAUUUUUUUGUGUAUUUUAUAUAGGAAGUUGUCUAUGUUUUGCGUUUUUUAUAAAAAAGUUGGUUUCAGAAGGUCUUUUGGAGUACGUUACCGUAAUGGCGUGUAUCACAUUGGACGGAGAACCUAUUUUUGGUGCUAUAAACAGACCUUUCUUCAAUCAUGCAGUAUUUGGUUUAACUGGAUACGGGCUUGUGGACUCAGCGGGUAAUAAUAUUACUGUACCUCCUCUAGACAAAACUGGCAAGAAAAUUGUCGUUUCUCGGUAUGUCAUAGGUUUUUGAACUAUUAAUUUGUUUUUAUUGUUUUCCACAUCCGUUUUGAAAAAGUUGCGUUUUAAAAGUUUUAAUUGGCAUGAGUAAUAUAUCUCAUUUAGAUCUCAUACUGGAAAAGUAAAAGAAAUUGCCGAAAGUGCAUUUGGCGGAGAAUAUACGGUAGAACCGGCUGGUGGAGCCGGCUACAAAACGUUACGUGUUUUGAAUGGAACAGCAGGUAAGGUCGACACGUUGUACCGGUAAUAUGCUAAUUGUUUUGAAUGUUUUUUAAGGAUUAACUUGGUUUAUUUUACUUAAAACUCUGUUUUUAAUUACUAUGCUAAUCUUUUUUGAAUUCAGCUUUCUACGUGCACACGACGGCCAUCAAGAAAUGGGACGUCUGUGCUGCUGAUGCUUUGAUGAGAGCGGCCAAUGGGAAACUGAUGGAUCUGGAAGGACAACUUCUACUCUACCAAGACCGGAGCACUGCCUUGAACAAGAACGGACUGAUGGUAGCUGUACAUAAACCGUUUGAGUUGUUGAACAUGUUUAACAAAGCGAAUAAACAAUAAGUUAAUUCAGACGGGCUUUACAUGUUUAAUGGUUGCUUACCUACCAAUAACUACCUGUGAAAUUGCCAAAAAAUACUUACAAUUAGAUGAUUUUGUGAGCUUUUUAUUUAAAUAUUAAUAAGUGUAAUUUAUAUGUAGCUGCAGGGACGUCGUUUGGGGUGGGGGGGGGGGGUGGUUCGGGGUGACUCCCCCUAAGAGAAAAACCGUAGCGACGUCUCUGUGUAGCUAUGAUACUGUUUGUAAGCAAAGCCUUAUUCAGAUGACGGUUCAACACAAGAAUCAGCUCGCUUUGAGGAGGAUACACCUUAUGAACGAUUACAUGAACUUGAUGAAAGCAGUUGAAGGUGGACUGGAUCAAUAUCGUUUGCUUAUGUCCAAAUCAAAGUAAGUGUUUAAUUUUCUAUUGGUGUUGAUAUGAUUUUCAGUUUUUUACAGAGUUAUUUUCAGAAAUAUCAUCGGGUUCUCGACUGCCAGUGCCUUAAGCGUUGAUAACAGGGAAAUUGAGCCUACAAAACGGUAAAUUUUAGUUUUUUUGGGUAUGAAACUUUAAAGCUGUCGGUUAGGUUUUGCAUCAAGUUGUAUCUAUAGGUUAGAUUUAUCUUCUUGAACAUGUGAACAACAAGUUUUAAAAUUGGAUAGGUUUCAACUUUUAGGGUCGACAUUAAAGAAGAUGUUUUUGAAAUAACGAAUACGACCAGUAAAUCAGAACGACCGUUUGCACCAUUUGGUAUCUUCGAGCCGAUGGUGGUAAAACAAGCCAGAAAUACGAUGAGCAAUCUGUUACCUCGACUAGCUGAACUGGCAUCUGUACAAAAGGAAUUGAGAUCUAUUGAGAAUGAACUACUGGGCUAA